AUGGCGGAUCUUAAGAAUUUGAUGGAGUACAGUGAAAUCGUUAGCAAGAUGUUCGCUGAUGAAGAUGAAGGAUAUCAGUUUUAUAACGCAUACGCUCUUGGCAAAGGGUUUAGUGUGAGGAAAAGCUAUGUUGAGUGGAACAGUGACCACACUGAGCUCACCCUUCGGCGGUAUGUUUGCAGUCGUCAAGGUUACCGUGAAGAGAAGUAUGUGAAGAAGGAGAUUAAGAAGCGGAGGCCACGGGAUAUAACUCGUGUUGGAUGCCCUGCAAAAUUGAUGCAGUACGGUGGGUAUGACAAGGUUGGCUAUACAUCAAGGGACUUGUAUAAUUUCUGCCAUCUCUAUAAGCAAGAGAUAAUUGCUGGUGGUGAUGCUCAAACAAUAAUCAGUCACCUGAUGGAACGUCAAAUUAGAGAUUCUGAUUUCUUUUUCAAGUACAUGACUGAUGGGGAAGGACACCUGCAGGGACUGUUCUGGUGUGAUACUCAAUAUCUGCUUGAUUAUGAAGCAUUUGGUGAUGUUGUUGUAUUUGAUAGCACCUACAAAAUAAAUCGGUACAACCUGCCCCUUGUUCCUUUUGUUGGAGUGAAUCACCAUUACCGCAAAGUUAUUUUCGGAUGUGGAAUUAUUUCUCACGAGAAUAUCGAGUCAUAUGUGUGGCUGCUGAAAAUGAAAACAUUUACUGAAGCUAAUGUUCAGAAGCAUUCUAUUUCCGUGAUCACUGAUGGAGACCUCGCUAUGCAGAGAGCAAUCAGUGUGGUGUGGCCGAAUUCACCGCAUAGGCUUUGCGGAUGGCAUAUUGAGCAGAACCUUGUGCGCAAUGUUCACGAUAAUAUAGUGAAGGCUGAGUUCAGGAUUUUUAUGUAUGACCUUUGCUCCAUAGAAGAGAUUGAGAGGAAAUGGCAGGCAUUUUUCGAAAAGUAUGAUGUCUGA